AUGCUUUACGAACUUCUUGCGAUUGCCCGUACCCAGACACAUAUACACAGCAAAGCCGUCCACGAAGAUGCCAAAGCCGUCUCCAAUACCCUUGGUAAAUUGAUCAUUAACAAUAGAGGGAUUGUCAGAAGAGUAGUAUCGUUGGGUCCAAGAUAUUUGCCAAAAUUGAUUAAAAAAGACCAGCAGAGACAUUUUCAAGGCAGUUAUUUCACCAUGUUGUUUGAUGCCUCCCCUGUUACUCAAAGAGAACUCGGCAAAAUUUUGAAGAGUGAUCCAAGAAUUAUCAGAUCUUACAUUUACAAGGUGCCAACCGACAAGAACUUGAACGCUAAACUUUCUAUCGAUCAAGCUAAUGAAAUUAUGACCAAAAAUUAA